CCUAAGAUUGAACCCAACAAAAUAAACCUUAAAUAAACCCUUUGAAAAUGAUAGGGUCUUUAGCUUGUAGAGCUUCCAGAACCUUAUUUGAUUCAUCAUCUUCCUUCAUCAGAUAUUCUCCUGUUAAAUACCCUUCUUCUUCCUUCUCUAAUCGCCUUCAAAUUCGAUCAAUGGCUGACUCUGCCUUCAACAAAAUCCAGAUUAAACGAGAGGACACUAGCUUUGAUGCAUAUGUUAUUGGAAAAGACGAUGCUCCUGGGAUUGUUGUGCUUCAAGAAUGGUGGGGAGUAGACUACGAAAUUAAGAACCAUGCUAUAAAAAUAUCUCAGCUGGAGCCUGGUUAUAAGGCACUUAUUCCAGACUUGUACCGUGGAAAGGUGGGUUUAGAUGCUGCUGAAGCUCAGCAUUUGAUGGAAGGUCUGGACUGGGCAGGUGCUAUUAAGGAUAUUGAAGCUUCUGUCAAUUGGCUUAAGGCAAAUGGUUCGCAGAAGGUUGGAGUAACUGGAUAUUGUAUGGGAGGUGCUCUUUCGAUUGCUAGUGCUGUCUUAGUGCCUGGAAUUGAUGCUGUUGUUGGCUUCUAUGGAACUCCUUCACCACAGCUUGCUGAUCCUGCCCAGGCCAAAACUCCUGUCCAAGCUCAUUUUGGGGAUUUGGAUAACAUUGCUGGGUUUUCAGAUGUGGCAACUGCCAAAAGUUUGGAGGAAAAGCUGAAGUUAUCCGGUGUGCCAAAUGAGGUUCAUAUCUACCCAGGAAGUGGACAUGCUUUCAUGAACCUGUCUCCAGAAGGAACCGAGAGGAGGAAAGCCAUGGGAUUGAAUGAUCUAAAUGAAGCUAAUGUUCAGCUUGCAUGGUCUCGCUUCCAGUCAUGGAUGUCUCGUUACUUGUCCUAAGCAAAUAUGUUGAUCUUAUUACUGCCUUUGAAACUUAGCUUUUGUGUUUACUCUUGAAAAUAAGCUGCGUGUCUCAGUGUGUGACGCACUUUGUACAUUAUGAAAUGAGCAUAGUCUAUGUUUAUAUGCUCAAAUGCUCAAUGAGCUUCCAAUGGUUAUAAUUUAUUAUUUCUUAUAUUCAAAUGAGCAUUGAACACUCA